CAUAACGCAAAAUGGCGUCUCCUGUAACACCAGCCUUGUGUCACAUUUGCGAGGAAAGUAUGAAAAUAAAGUGGAAAUGCACUAAUUGCAAUUAUUUAAUGUGCGAAAAAUGUAAGAAUAACAUUCAUACUAAAUUCCCUGAAUCAGAGGUCCAUCAUGUUAUAGAACUGGCAAAAAUUGGAAAGAAGGAAAUUAACGAACCGAAUUUGCACAUACUUUGUAAAACACAUCCCGAGUUGAGAAUAAUAUUUUUUUGCACGAGAUGCCAACAGCUAGUAUGUCCAUUUUGUGUAACAAAUCAUCAUAGUGGUCAUGAAGUUGAGAGUUUGAAAGACCUUUACAAGGACAAAUUCAAUAGCUUGAAAUACUACCGAGAUGAACUUAAAAUCGAACUUUCUUUUCAUGAGUCGUCUGAAAUAAGUAUUGAGACGAAGAUAAACUUCGAGAAUAGCUUGUACGAAAGCGCGAAAAAAGCUUUAUUAGAUCAAGCAGAAAAGAUGAAAGAAUCGGUAGAAAAUGAAUCGAAAAUUCAACUUCAAAAGCUUGAAGACAGGUGGAAAGAAAUUAAAGACAUACAGGUAGCGGCUCGAAAUUCCAGCAUAAAUGCAAAACAAGAUUUAAGUACAAAAGUCGAAUCUUUGACAUUAUCCCUGAAUUCGGGUAAUUUGAAAAGAUUAACAGAAACAGAAGAUUCCAUCAAAACAUGGACACAACCGGAUAAGUCAUACGGAGAUGCGCAUAUUAAUUCAAUGAAAUUAGAUCAAGGAAAUAUUAAUGAAACACAAAUUUCAGAUAUGUUUGGGAUUUUAACUGAUAUCCAGCCGGAUCAUAAAGUAAAGAUAGAAGUACUUGGUUCAUUUGACACUGACAUAACGGUCAGUAAUAUCCAACCUUGCUUAGAUGGUGCAGUAAUGGUGAGUGACUAUGAUACUUGCUUAAAAAUGAUAGCUAUGGGAACGGACGGCAUUGAACAAAAAAACGAAAUUAAAGAUAUUGAUGUCGUAGAGAUGCUAGAAAUUGAUAACGAAGAAGUGAUUCUGUCUCUUGAGGGAAAAUCGAAGCUUGUCAAGAUGAGAAAUGACGGAACAAUACUAGAAUUUGUUGAUUUUCCAGAAAUGGUUCCUCGAGCUUUACACUUAACAAAGUCCUGCAAGAUUGUUAUAGGAAUAUGCGAAAAGGGUCAAAUUGAGUUAUCAGAAAAUAGUGUAAGGCAAAUUAUCAUUAUGGAGCUCAACGGAGAUAUAUUACACACGUAUGAAUUUGAUGAUGACAAAAAGCGAAUUUUUACAUACCCGCUUAAAGCAACCUCGCACAUUAAUAACGAUAUGUAUGUUAUUGAUUUACAAGAGCCAGUAAGCGGUCAAAGUCGUAUUAUAUCGCUGGCAUAUCCAAAUAAGGUUAUGUGGAUGUACAAAGGUGAUCCAAAUUUAACUUCGCAUUUUAAACCUAGAAGCUUAUCUGUUACUUCAGACGGUCAUAUUGCUGUGUUAGAUACACAAUUCUUACAUGUCCUAAAUACAAUAGGCACCUUAAAAACACGUAUUGACACACGAGAUUAUAAUAUACCGAACCCCAUUUCAAUGUGCAUAGACGUGAGCGGUAAAAUGUGGAUAGGGUGUAGACAUCGAUCAUAUUCGGUCUACCUGUUUGGAUCGAAACAGAUUGUUUCACCAGGGAAUCACAUAUUACUCGUGGAUUUUUUAGGAUUCUAACAGAUAUAUUAGAUUGAGUGCAAGCGCCUUUACCUGAAAACCUGCCUUAUGUUUUUGUAUUCUUAUAAUACACAUUCAAUUUGCAAGCAGGUAGAGGAAAAUAAAUCAUUAAUGAAAAUAAUGGUUUAGUGUUAUUUCAAUUUCGACACUCUUAACAUGUAAUUGUGUUCAGUUGAAAUGUAGAUCAGCCGAUAAGGUUAUGCUUUUCUCAGACUUUCUUUGACUUUUUAACAAUAAGUUUGUUUAAUGUGACUGAUUGAUUUUUUUUAUUUUUGGAAAACAUUUAGAGAUAUUUAUUAGGUGUAAUCGUCUUUAAAGUAGCUUUUACUAACUGCAUGUACAUUUAUAUCGCAAUUUGGUGUCUUUGUUGAUUGGUGCCGAUUUGAUGAAUAAAGCUCACGUAAAUCAUUAUCUUAAAUACUAUAACGGUAGAUUUUACAACUCUUAAAAAGAUCUUCAUUUCAUGGUAUGUAAUAAUGUUUCAAAGCCUACUAAAAUGAUUAUUCAGAAACCUAUAAAGUUCCAUGCUGAAAUCUGAAAUAACAAAUACAGUUGUUCAUUUCUUUAGAAGAAGAGGAACUGCUUUUGAUUUAAUAAUAUCUGUUGGUUCAGAACUUAUCAAAAUGAAAGACAUAAAAUUUACAAGUUGAAAGUUGAAAUUGAAAAAAAAAACGAAAACACUGGAUGAAAUAGGAAUUUAAUUUAAAGGACAAAAACCAAAGGAUACAGAAUUGAAGCGAAGAAAAUUAUUCGUAACUGACAGAAAAAGAGGUUGAAAUUAUAAUUCAAUCGGAAAGGGAACUUGAAGUGUAAAAGCGUCAAAUAACUAUUUCUAAGAACCAAAUUAAGUUUGUUCAAUAGUUUUAAAAUAUAUAACAUUGAUAACAUUCCAUAUUAAACAUGUAUGGUAAAAGGGAAAUAACUUUAAAUUAUUGUAUGAAAUAUUAAAGUCAUAUUUUAUAUUU